AUGUGCAACAAAGUCGAUAACAGUGUUCAGAUUUUCGGAUGUAUCAAGGCUGUGGUAAGUGGGGGAUAAUAUGAGCAAUACGGGGGUAUUGUAGCUAGGUUAGGAGCUACAGUAGGCUCGAGUGCCUCCGGCGCGAGUGUAGGUCAAAACUCCGCGAAUGCGGCUCGAGCGGAGCGAGUGUAUGUCUCUUUAAGGGUUACUGUUCAUUUUAAAGGUACAUACAGUAAGAUUACACUCGAUUUAGAUUACGGUAGAUGCACCUUAAAGGAACAUACAGUACCCCGAGCGCCUUCGGCGCGAGUGUAGAUCAAAAUUCCGCGAAUGCGGCUCGAGCGGAGCGAGUGUGUGUCCCUUUAAGGGUUACUGUUCAUUGUAAAGGAACAUACAGUACCCCGAGCGCCUGUGGCGCGAGUGUAGGUCAAAAUUCCGCGGAUGCGGCUCGAGCGGAGCGAGUGUAUGUCCCUUUAGGAUUACUGUGCAUUUUAUAGGUACAUACAGUAACUUAGGUACCAAAUAUAUAGUAUAAGCAAAACCCGAUGUUCCUUUGAAAAUAUUUUAUUUUUUCAGAAAGCACUUAUUGCAAUCGCUAUAGCUUGGGCUAUUCUCGGAAUUAUUAUCGUCGUUGUCUGUAUUCUGGCUGCCAAUAAAGCCAGUGACGAAUUUCUUGCAGAAGCCGAGAAGGCAAAAGAUCCAAAAGAGAAAAAAAGGCUUGAAGCAGCGGCUGAAAUUGCAAAAAAAUUAGGAAUUUCUCUCGGUUCCACCAUUGCCUCAAUUCCAUUUUCAAAUGCAAUUUGCCUGGGUAUUCUGAUUUGUGCCGAAUGCGCAUUUCUUUAUAUUAUCGUUGGACUUAUUGGUUGCCUCUCACUUAUGGGAAAUAUUGGUUAUUUGGUCCAUGUGUGCCUCAAAGCUGGCGAAAAGGGAAAACCAGCUGGCGAAGCUAUUUUGGAUAAUUUGGGAUUGUUGAUUGGAGCUGUCCUUGGUGUAUUUCUCACUUUCACCACCGUUUAUGCGAUGUUUGCGUUGGCUUGUUGUGGAGAUCAAAGACAGGCUGGAAGUGGUGAGACUAGUGAGGAUGAAUAUGAAAUUGAGGAAGAUGGAACUACUACUACUACUGGUACUACUAUUACUCUUAUGGAAUGA